CAAUAAAUUGUCAAAGUCAAUGCCCACUGUUUAACUUUACUUUCAAAGUGUUUUUCAUUCAAUUAAAUUAGUAUGUUAAAUAGAAUUACGGUUUAAUGUUAUUGGUUUAGAAGUAUUUAUUGUAUAGAAGCCUUCUGGAUUGAAAGAAAAGCAUAUUUCAAACAAAUACUUGUUUGUUUCUCCUUCGAUAAAAUAUCUACAACUUUGCAUAAUAUAAUACAAACAUUUAGGUCACGUUGUACCUUUCGGUCACGUUGCAAGUGGCGUGGACGGAUCUGACAUUUCUAUAAUUCUCAUAAUUCAGUGGUUUGUACGGCACUUUUGUGAUUACCUCCUCCCUAAUAUCGACGUAACACAUAAUCUUAAUGUUCUAGAAUCAGUAAUAUCCUUUUUAAAUGCGUUAAUAAUCUUUAUUUAUAGAUUAAUAAGCAUAUAACAGUGGAAUAUUUAUCUAAAUUCAUAAUUUUAUGUUGAUUACUAAAGUGGAAGAAGGAAGCAUUUUGUGCUGUAAUUAAUACAAAGCAUUGAUUAGUUCAUGUAAAGUGAUUCAAUUGUUGAUUCAGAGUUUGUUUUGGAGUACAACUUGUGAAUUGUGAUCAGAAAAAUAUUUUAUGGAAAUUGAUAGAGGUGCGAUGUGGGUAACUACGUAACUAUGUCAGCCGCCGCGGAGACACUGCAGGCGCCGAGCGCGCCCCCGCAGGCACCCGCCGCCCCCGCUCCGACGCCGACCCCGGCCACGGAGCGGCGCCCUCCCGGGAAACAUAUCGUGCACUGGUUCAGAAAGGGCCUCCGCCUGCACGAUAACCCUGCCCUACGGGAGGGUUUGCUAGAUGCUACGACAUUCCGAUGCGUAUUCAUUAUUGAUCCUUGGUUUGCCAGCUCUUCAAAUGUUGGCAUAAAUAAAUGGAGGUUUCUUCUGCAAUGCUUGGAAGAUUUAGAUGCUAGUUUACGGAAGCUUAAUUCGCGUCUGUUCGUGGUGCGUGGGCAGCCUGCUGAUGCAUUACCAAAACUCUUCCGAGAAUGGGGAACAACCGCUUUGACGUUCGAAGAGGACCCUGAACCAUAUGGUCGUGUGCGAGAUCACAAUAUUAUGUCAAAAUGUCGAGAAGUCGGCAUUACUGUUACAUCUCGUGUUUCUCACACACUGUACAAACUAGACCAAAUAAUAGAGCGAAAUGGUGGAAAAGCUCCCCUUACAUACCAUCAAUUCCAAGCGCUAAUAGCGAGUAUGCCGCCCCCGCCGCCGGCAGAGCCUCCGAUAUCGGCGCAAAGUCUAAAUGGAGCCAUCACGCCUCUGUCCGAUGAUCAUGAUGAUCGAUUCGGCGUCCCCACACUCGAAGAACUAGGAUUCGAGAUUGAGGGUUUAAAAGCUCCUGUUUGGAUCGGUGGGGAAAGUGAAGCUUUAGCCAGAUUAGAGCGGCACCUAGAAAGGAAAGCCUGGGUAGCAUCAUUCGGGCGGCCUAAGAUGACGCCGCAGUCGUUGUUAGCAAGUCAGACAGGCUUAUCGCCUUAUCUAAGGUUUGGGUGUCUGUCCACUAGAUUGUUUUAUUAUCAGUUAACGGAAUUAUACAAAAGAGUAAAACGAGUAAGACCCCCACUGUCUCUUCACGGUCAAAUAUUAUGGAGAGAAUUUUUCUAUUGUGCUGCAACACGCAACCCAAAUUUCGACCGAAUGGAAGGAAAUCCUAUAUGCGUUCAAAUACCUUGGGAAAAGAAUCAAGAGGCUUUAGCUAAAUGGGCUAGUGGUCAAACAGGGUUCCCCUGGAUAGACGCAAUAAUGAUACAAUUAAGAGAAGAAGGUUGGAUUCACCACUUGGCGAGGCACGCAGUAGCUUGCUUCCUAACCAGAGGCGACUUAUGGAUCUCAUGGGAAGAAGGGAUGAAGGUGUUCGAUGAGUUACUCCUCGACGCCGACUGGUCCGUCAAUGCCGGCAUGUGGAUGUGGCUUUCGUGCUCAUCAUUCUUCCAGCAAUUCUUCCAUUGUUAUUGUCCGGUUCGUUUCGGCCGAAAAACCGAUCCAAACGGUGAUUUUAUAAGACGAUACAUCCCGGCGUUAAAGAACAUGCCGACGCGGUACAUUCACGAGCCGUGGGUGGCACCUGAGGCGGUGCAACAGUCUGCUCGCUGCACGAUCGGUCGCGACUACCCCAUGCCUAUGGUAGACCACUCUAAGGCCUCACAGGUCAACAUCGAACGCAUCAAGCAAGUUUACGCGCAACUGGCUAAAUAUAAACCACAAGGUACACUGAAUCCAAAUGCAGUACAACGACCAAACGUGAUGCAGUCUUCGCCUAGCCCUACAUCUAUAAUCACUAGCAUCAACCAGUCAAAUUACCUGUGCAGCCAAACACCCGAUCCUCAAACGACAUCUCCACAAGUUAUAUCUUAUAAAGAUAAUGACGUCUUUCAAAAACCAAUGCAACACCGCUCUAUUAAACCAUUCAAACAAGUUGUCAUUGUACAGAAAACACAAAAUACCAACGUCAUACAAAGUGUGGCGAAUUGCACGACUAAGGAAAACUACGUGGUCAACCGACAAGUUACGUACAAGGCGCCGAUGAAUGACUUGCAGUCAGAAAAACAAGAAAAUUAUGACUUUAAAAACUUAGUUAUUAAUAAUUUUGUUCAAGGGUACUCAAAAGGUCAAGAAAUAUUUGAGAACCCGUCACCUAAUAGAAAUGAGGUGUUUGCGCAACAAACAUUAAAAAUUAAUAGUUUUAAUUACGAGAAACAGAAGUAUUAUCUGUCUUCAUUUAAUGACAAUGGGUUAAGAGAAGAGAAUAUGCACAAUGAUUCUACACAAUCUUUUGAAACUGGGAUUAUUCACGACGGUGCUCUCAGCUUUAGUAGAAAGACCAAAACUGAAGCAGCAGAAGAGGAAGCUAACGAGAGUACUUGUUCUCAGCCAAUGGCCAUCAAUGAUGAUGCCACAAUAACAAGUGAAAACCGCCAAAAUAAUCCGUCUAAUUGAUUAAUUUUAAUUUUCCAAAUGAUAAUUAAGAGUGAUAUGUUAUGUGUAAGCGCAGUAUUUUAUCAUAGUCUUGAGAUAAAAUGAACUUUGAAUAGAAAAUGUGUUUCUAAUUGUAUGUGAUGCAUUUUGUAUAAAAUGCUGUUAAUCUAGUGCCAAGGAAAGGCACACAUGUGCCCAAAUACAAGACAGGAGUCUGUCUGUCCCUGAAUCAAAUAGAGUAUAAAAGGUGCAGAGGAAAAUAUAACAUUAUAAAGUAAAUAUUAAGAUAAAGAGUAUGUCAGAAUAGUAAUAUAACUAGAUAAAAUAAACGUUUCUUUACGAAA